GUGUCACUUUUCACUUUUUAAACUAUGGAACGUGGAAACCAUAAUCCAACACUUUUGUAUUACUUCAAUAAAUCCUUCAAGUUUACAAAGUAACGUUAACUUCUCGGAUCCUCCAAAGGGAAGUUUAGGGAUUAUGAACUUAAAUGCUGUAUGUGCUCACUGCCAUCCAUCAAUGGAGAUUUGGUAGAUAUGAUCUUUUUAAUUUUUCAAACUUUGUUCCUUUCAAGGUUUAUCUCUUCAUUUGUAAAAUCACAUGGGGAUGCAAAAAAGAAAGUUAACAUCAAAGAAAGAUGAGAAUUUUAAAGGGCAGGCAGGGACCAACUGCUGGUAUAAUUAAAUUGAGAGAUGAAGUUUCCUACUUGGCAAGCAAUUGCCAUUAAUGAAAGAACAGAACUGAAAAAUGUUUCAUGAAGUAGAUGGAAAAGAAGGGUUGACACUUUGUCAUUUUAAGUGAGGGACCCUUUCUUUUGGUUUUGUGGUUAUAAAAUCCGUGUGACAGAGAGGCUGUCCAAUCAACACAGGACUGUAGAAAAAGUCAAACAGAGUCCCUAGAUACGGUUGGGAAGUAGAAAGCUUUGUUUUCAGAAAGCUUUGUUUUAUAAAGUAUUUAAUUUGCCUGUCAGCUUGGAAAGCUGACAGAUCUGAAUUUCAACUCGUUGAAUUCUUCAAUCAAAAUGGAGUUGUCAAAAAAGCAGUCCACGCCCAUCCAGUAUCAAAACUAUCAGAUUUUCGGAGGACAAACAUAAAGCGAAGCUUUGCAAGAAACAAAAUGAAAAUUUCCAUGGAACUCUCCCAAAUCAAACCCUUGUAGAGAAACGAAAGCAGUUUGCUUGAGUAUUACUUAAAAGAAUAAUCAGGUGAAGGAUGAGAUUUUUGUAGUGGGAGCCAGCCAAUGCCCAAGAAUCACAUUCCAAAAGAAAUUUGCUUUAAGCUUUUUAAAUUUCAUGCAAUGAAGUGUUUUCACUAUUUCAAGGACAAGUCUAGAAGCAAGGGACAAAGAUCAGCCCCAGAGUUGAAAGAAGAAAGGAAAUCAGAGGAAUAUUCAGGGCCUGAUCGGAUUACAAAGUCAUCAUGCUCAGCAGCUUCUCCGCGUAGCAUACCGGAGUUAUACGAAGAAAAAGCUCACAAUUUGCGGGUCUUCUCUUUCUCAGAGCUUAGACAAGCAACUCAUGAUUUCAAUUUGUUACUUAAGAUUGGCGAAGGUGGCUUUGGGAGUGUCUAUAAAGGUUCAAUCAAGCCUUUUGAUGGGAAGGGUGAACCUGUGGUGGUUGCUAUUAAAAAGCUUGACAAGCAUGGCCUGCAGGGACAUAAACAAUGGGUGGCGGAAGUUCAAUUCCUUGGUGUUGUUGAUCACCCCAAUCUUGUCAAACUCAUAGGAUACUGUGCUGUGGAUGGAGAAAGAGGGAUCCAGCGUCUUCUUGUAUAUGAGUUUAUGCAAAAUAAGAGUUUAGAAGAUCAUCUUUUCCGUCGGGUAUUCCCACCUCUUCCUUGGAAAACAAGAUUACAGAUAAUACUUGAAGCAGCAGAAGGAUUAGCUUAUCUACACGAGGGAUUAGAAGUUCAGGUGAUAUAUCGAGAUUUCAAAGCCUCCAAUGUAUUAUUGGAUGAGAACUUCAAUCCAAAGCUUUCAGACUUUGGGCUUGCAAGGGAGGGGCCCAUGGAUGGUCGUUCACAUGUUUCAACAGCUGUAGUCGGGACUUAUGGUUAUGCUGCUCCCGAUUAUGUUCAGACAGGUCAUUUAACGGAUAAGAGUGACGUAUGGAGUUUUGGUGUGGUAGUAUAUGAGAUUCUUACAGGUAGGCGGUCAUUAGAAAGAGGCCGUCCAAAAGCAGAGCAGAAACUCUUGGAUUGGGUAAAACUGUUUCCUGCUGAUGGUAAAAUGUUCAGCUCAAUAAUGGAUCCUCGACUGCAAAACCAGUUUUCGAUCCGUGCAGCUCGAGAAAUUGCCAAGUUAGCAGACACUUGUUUGUUAAACAGUCCAAAGGAUCGGCCCAAGAUGAGUCAGGUGGUGGAGAGAUUGAAGCAGAUAAUCCAAGUUUCAGACGAAGAAAAUGCUCAGGAAAUUGAGAGUCCUGAGGUGUCUGAUAUUGAGCCGGCAGAAACAGAAAAGACUUCAAAUCAAGUCAAUGUCUCGGAAUCAUGGAAGAGGCGGAUGGCACACCUUGCAAAAUUGGGUGAGCAUGCAGAAGGUGCAAGUAGAAGGAGAUUGAUGAUGUUGCAAAGGGCCGGAGUGCCUUGACUACUUCUCUCUUUUUUCUUUUCCUCCCCUUUUCGUUUUCUGAUUGUAGUCUUACUCUGGUGAUUUCUUUAAAGCACAAAUGAUUAUCACUGUAAAAUAUGAAACUUUUUUGUAAAGGGUCAAUUUGCAGCAGAGUGCAUAUUAUGAAAUUAUCAAAUCGUGGUUUACAUUGGCCUCCAUGUACAGUAA